GUUUUUUCUCCACUUUUCUCUGAAUAGUAUCGCGUUUAUUGAUGAACGAAACUACAACAUAACCUACCUCGCAAGUUCGGAGACCCCGAAGAACUUCUCUCUAAUUGUAUAAAAAAAUAAUGGGCGGUUUAAAGAAAAAAUCGCAGAAGACUGGACCGGUGGACAACGCGUGGACGUUGAAGAUACCGGAAUUCAAAGAGAAGGAUAAUCCGCAUCGUCUUCUCGAAGAGAGCUCAUUCGCGACGAUGUUCCCCAAGUAUCGGGAGCAAUAUCUGAAGGAGCAUUGGCCGCUGGUGCAAAAAGCUCUGGGCGAACAUCACAUCAAAGCGGAACUGGAUCUUCUCGAAGGUAGUAUGACUGUGAAAACCACUAGAAAGACCUGGGAUCCGUAUAUCAUCAUCAAAGCACGUGACAUGAUUAAACUUAUGGCUCGCUCGGUUCCCUUCGAACAGGCGGUGCGAGUAUUGCAGGAUGAAAUUUCCGCAGACGUCAUAAAAAUAUCUUCGUUUGUGCGAAACAAAGAGAAGUUCGUCAAGAGAAGACAAAGGAUCAUCGGACCAAACGGUUGUAACUUGAAGUCCAUCGAGUUGCUCACCAAUUGUUACGUUGUAGUUCAAGGCCAGACUGUGUCGGCAGUAGGACCUUAUAAAGGUCUGCAGCAAGUGAGAAGAGUUGUAGAGGACACUAUGAAGAAUAUUCAUCCGGUCUACAGCCUUAAGGCGCUGAUGAUCAAACGAGAGCUUGCCAAAAAUCCAAAGUUGAUGAAUGAGAAUUGGGAACGGUAUCUACCCAAGUUCACUAGCAAGAACAUAAGCAAACGUAAACAACCAAAGAAGAAAAAGGAGAAGAAACCAUACACUCCGUUCCCGCCUCCUCCAGCAGAAAGCAAAAUUGAUGAGAAGAUAGCGUCUGGUGAUUACUUCUUAACAGAGCAACAGAAGAAGGAGAAAAUGAAGAAGGAACGAGAAGCCAGACAUGAAGAAGCAUCGAAGAGAAGACAGGAACGCAGAGCACAAGUGUUUGUACCACCCGAAGAAAAACCUAUUGAAAAUACAACGGCAAAAGCUGAUAUAGAUGUUGCGGAAAUAAAGAGAAAAGUUCAACAAGGACUAAAAAAGCGUAAAAUAGAAUAAUAUCAUAGUAUGAAAUCUAAUAUGUGUGCGUGCGUGUGUGAAUUAUUCAAAUUGAAAAUAAUGUUUUGAUGCUACGAUGUAGCAUAAAUAUUGUAUGUAACAUGUGUAGAUAGAUAUACGUGAUAUAAAAUAGGUUUUGUUACACA